UGUUUUUGGGGGAAAUUUGAAAAAAUCUCAAUGGAAACUCAUCUUUUUGUGGCAUUUAUUUCGCGCUCCGACAGCCAAUUGAGAAUCAUCUGACGUCAGUACUCGACGUCAUUAACAACAACGCCGGCGAGAACGCCAGAACCGAGUCCCCAAGUCCUUCAAAAAAAUUCCAAAAGCACUUACCAAUGAAUUGAACGAAGUGAAAUAACCAGAAACAAAAUAACAAAAUGGCAUCGAACGAUGGAAUACCAUCGCCAGCAGUCCCAGGAUACCCUCCAGCAGCUCCAAAUAUGCCGCCAGGGUACGGUCCCCCGAUGAUGGGGUCAGGGCCAUUUAUUCCACCACCUGGAAUGCCACCAGGACCACCGGGGAUGAUGCCUCCACAGUUUUCCAUACCCCCGCCUGGAUUUGGAUACCCCAUGGGGGCUGGGGGUCCACCUGAGCCUGGAGUCAUUGCCGCUCCCCCACAGAUAACUGCCCCAGCCCUCCCGACCCUCCCCCCAACCGACACCUCCUCACCCGCUCCGAACCCUUCCCCUCACCCCCUGACAAACCCCUCGACCCCGACCCCCGCCCCCGUCCCGUCCACCUCGCCCAUUGAAAAAAAGUCCGACUGGACAGAGCACAAGGCCCCCGACGGUCGCACUUACUACUACAACUCCACGACAAAGCAAUCCCUCUGGGAGAAGCCAGACGAAUUGAAGACUCCCUCCGAGCUCUUGCUCUCCCAAUGCCCCUGGAAAGAAUACAAAUCCGAAAAUGGCAAGGUUUACUAUCACAACGUGACCUCCAAGGAGUCACGUUGGACAAUUCCCCCGGAGCUUGAAGAGCUGAAAAAUCGAAUUCUGGCUGAAGAGGCGGCAGCGGCAGCAGCUGUCGCUGUCGCAAGUGCAACAAAUACCGGUGGAAUAUCACAAUUAAUUCAGCACUCAUCGCCAAACGUUGUGGGAACCCCCGAAUCAACGAAUUCGGGUAAAUCCGCCAUUGAGCAGGCGAUGGCAGCGACACUCGCUGCCAUUAAUAUUCCCACACCGCCGGCAAAACCCGAUGAGGACAGCAAUUCGGCGAAGGGUUCGGCCAAUGGCAGCCGAACAUCAACACCCGAGCCAAAGGUCCAGUUCAAGGACAAGAAGGAGGCCAUCGAGGCGUUCAAGGAGCUGCUCAAGGAGAGGGAUGUGCCCUCCAACGCCACCUGGGAGCAAGCUGUCAAGAUGAUAUCUAGUGAUCCUAGAUAUCCUUCGAUGAAGAAGCUCAAUGAGCGCAAGCAAGCGUUCAAUGCUUACAAAACGCAGAGGCUCAAGGAGGAGAAGGAAACCGAGAGACUCAGGCUGAAGAAGGCCAAGGAGGAUUUGGAGCAGUUUCUCCUUAAUCACGAGAGAAUGACCAGCACCGUCAAGUAUUACAAGUGCGAGGAGAUUUAUGCUAAUCUCGAGAUAUGGAAGGCCGUGGGUGACUCGGACAGACGGGACAUCUAUGAGGAUGUUAUUUUCAAUCUUGCCAAGAGGGAGAAGGAGGAGAUGAAGCUGCUGAAGAAGAGGAAUACGAAGAAGUUGGCCCAGGUUUUGGAUACGAUGACUGAUGUUACUUAUCGUACAACUUGGCAAGAGACGCAGUCGCUUCUUCUUCAGCACUCGGCUUUUGCUGAGGAUGCUGACCUGCUGGAGAUGGACAAGGAGGAUGCACUCUUGGUUUUUGAGAAUCAUAUUAGGCAGCUGGAGAAGGACGAGGAGGAGGAGAAGGAGCGAGAGAAGAAGAGGAGGAAGCGACAGGAGAGGAAGAACAGGGAUGGCUUUAUUUCGCUGCUUGAUGAGCUUCAUGAGCAGGGGAAACUCACUUCUAUGUCACUCUGGGUGGAGCUGUAUCCUAUGCUCAGUGCUGAUCUCAGGUUUUCGGCUAUGCUGGGACAGCCUGGCUCAACUCCUCUUGAUCUGUUCAAGUUUUAUGUUGAGGAUCUCAAGUCCAGGUUCCAUGACGAGAAGAAGAUCAUCAGGGAGAUCCUCAAGGACAAGAACUUUGAGGUACAGGUUAACACGACUUUCGAGGCAUUCGCUACGGUUGUCUGUGAGGACAGAAAAUCGGCGACUCUUGACGCUGGGAAUGUCAAGCUGACGUAUAAUUUGCUGCUGGAGAAGGCGGAGGCGAGGGAGAAGGAGAGGGUCAAGGAGGAGACGAGGAAGUUUAAGAAGUUGGAGGGGGCGUUCAAGGGGCUGUUGAAGAACAUCGAGGUGGAUUAUCAGAUGAAUUGGGAGGAGGUCAGGGAGAAGCUCGAGGAGGAGGGGGACUUCAAGGCCAUCACCUUGGAGAGCGAGAGGGUCAGGAUAUUCAAGGAGUAUCAGCAUGAUCUCGAGGAGAGCUGCGGACAUCAUCACAUCAGGAGCAAGAAGAAGAAGGGGAAGAAGGGGAAGAGGAAGUCCAGGUCCAGGAGUCAUAGUCCUGAGUCUGAUGUCAGUGACAAAGGGAAGAAGAAGCGCCACAAAUCAAGGUCUCCUAGUCCGUUGAGUAAAUCAGACAGCUCGGAGUCUGAGAGCAAAAAGACUAAGAGAAAGAAGAACAAGAAGAAGCGUGGAAGAAGCCAUUCGCGUUCGCAUUCGCGUUUACCAUCGUCUGAGGACUCGCCGGAAAGAAGAACGAAGGAGGAGAAACAUCGCAGACCAUCGGGGCACUCUGAGGGCUCAAUACACGAUAAUGGAGAGCACCACGAACUCUCGGAGGACGAAUUGGAGAAGCAGAGGGCACAGUUGUUGAGGGAACUGCAGAUGCAGCAGGAGUAGAACUGAUGGGACAUUUUUAGUACAGAAACUCUUUAAUUAUUGUCUCCAAUUAUAUGUUGUACAUAAAACGAAUAAAGAGAUUUUUUUGCUCUUUUUUGACAGGAUGAAGAUCUUUGUGGACUUUUCUUUCCACAUAUUAAUUAUUUGGAUUUUUGCGUUAGGCUGAUCAAGAUUUUGAAUGGUUGAGAAUCACUCGAUCACCACUGAAAAUUUAUAUUUUCGUCACAAGAUGAAAAGAAAACUUUUCUGACGACUGUGAGAGUUGCAAA